UUGAGCCAGGCUCUGUCCCCGCCCAGGGCAGACGUGCGGUAUUGUGGCGGCGGGGAUUCCACUGUGGGUUCCAUAGCAUUGUGGGGUGGAGGCGGGCGGACCUGGGGGCCCUUCUCCCCGGGCACUCGUCCCGGCGGGCGCCGGAGCAUGGCCAGCCCUGCACAGUCCGGCUUUCCCGCGCGCACUAACAGCCGCCUGGACGCGUUCCUCCGGAGGCAUCUGGCGCCCAAGGACUACGAUGCCAUCCGCGCUUACGAGUCUUGCAUCGUGGUGUCCAACUGGGAGAACCACACCUUCAAGUACGUGGUGCUCAGCGACCGUCUCAUCUACCUGACCGAGAACCCUCCCAAGUCCAUCCGGCGGGCUGUGGCGCUGCGAGACGUAGUGGCCAUUGAACUGAUUGAUGAUUAUCCAGAAUUUUUGAAUUCACCUGAUAGAGAAAGCAACCAGCACAUUCGUAUCAUCUAUUCUUCAACUGUUAAAGAAUAUGGAAAGUCAAAAGGUAUUGGGAAAUUGCUGUUUCCAUUUCAUCAUGCCAGUGCUAACAAUAAGAAAGUCACAGAAGAGAAUAAUGGUCCUAACUUUUGGAAAAGCAACGAGCUGGGAAGUCUGAAUGAAUACUCUCUCAGGUGCCGCCCAGAGAGCAGCACACAGUCCAAGGGCUCAACUGUUGGCCGUCCAUCCAACUUCAAGGAAUCGUCCCUUCAUGGCCAAGGUGCCUUUCGACCCUUGCCUUCGCCCUCCAGGAGGAGCUGUCAGUCCACACCAGCUACUGACAAAACCAUCAGUAGGACAUCUUGUACCACAGACACAAAAGAAACCCAAGACCUUGCAGCUCACAAAGGUUACCUAAGUGAAAUCCCUUAUAAGUGCAAUGGGAAUGGAAAUGAGUUUUAUUUAGAAAAUUCCUUCUUAAGCUCCACUUUCCAGAGCAGCAAAAACCUCAAGAAAAGGGACUUGGAGCUUCACUUAUACAUCAUCUCUACCACCUCGUCUAUAUUUCUCCACUUAAAAAGUUCAUGGAACAAUUACAAUAUAAAAGCAACUCUUUUACAAGAUCCCUUAUAUGCUAGUGAGCUCGGUCCCACAGCUGGAAGUGAAAAGCCAUACAGAUCUGAAGAGAAAAUUAAGCACUUCAGUCAACUUAAAUCUGAACUUUUUCUUAAAGACAAUAGUCUGAGCAAGACACUUUGUCUAAUUAUGGAACUUAAAGUAGCAGCCCAGAAAAACUUCAUCCUGAAAAGGCUCUUCUGGAAAACCAGUGACCUUUUCUAUUUCCUAGUGAACAAACUUCAAGAGUACUUGCCAGAGUCUAGGGAGAAGAAUGCACAUGACAAUAAAAGCCAAAGGGCUGAUGAGUUGGCGGCAUGCAUUGAAAUUCUGCAGACCCUGGGACAGAUGUUCAGAGAAACAGAAACUGAGUCAUCCCGGCUGAACACACUGGCAGCUAAGAAGGGAACACUAUUUAAUCUCUUGGUGAUUUUGAUUAGCAAGCCUCAGAUUCCAAAAUCUUGUCCUGAGUAUGAUGUCCAGUCAGCUAAUUUGACUUCAGUUUUAAUGCCUUUUGAUGCUGAGUUACAGAAGCUUAUCCUGAAAUAUACAGAUACAGCUACAGCACUUUUAUAUGAGAUACUUCUUGUCUUUCAACAGGGAAAUCUUGGGUUGGGAUCCGCAAAGUUCGCAAUUAGCUGGAUGAUGUCCCUUCUACAAAAUUGUCCAUCUGUUCUACCUUUUGUGUCCAGUAUUGUGAAACAAGUGGUGAAGGGGCUCUCAGCUUCAUUUCAGCUCCUAAGUCCAUGCCAAGCAGUUUUGUUGUAUCAGCAGUUUUACAUCCUCAAGAGCUGCUUACAGUACAGCAAGACCCUGGCUGAGUAUAUCAGGAAUGACUACAGGGAAGAAUUCAGGUAUUUUAUUCACAUGUCAGCUUUGGAAAAAAGGCUCCCGUUGUAUUACCCUAUUACCCAAACCACUACUCAACUUUUUCAUGAAGUUCUGAAAUUGAUUGAGCAGAAACCAUGUGAAAAAUGUUAGUAUAAGUAUAAAAUAAUAAGGAGUCAACUUCAUAUUUUUGAAAAAGUUUUUUUGAUUUAUUUAAUACUUGGUUAUUUGUGCACCUUGUGAGCCAAGUCUAAAUACUCCACCAACACUUUUUAUCUGCUACACCCUCGAAAAGAGUCUAUUCAAUCCCUUCUGAUAUAAAGGAGUACGGAAAUCUAGUGUCUCCUCAGAGGAAAAAAAGUUUUCAGAGACAUAAGAAACUGGGAAAUGGGAGCUUGUAGAAAACAAAUACAGACAAUGCAAUGGGAUGAGCAUUGUUGGCGUUAUGGUGGUGAGUCACAUGAAGCCACAGAAACUUGAGCAAGAGCUGCAGGUGCACACGCUUCAGAGUGGUCAUCAGAGAAGGGCUAAGCAACAGGACGAUCCUCUCCUUCUCCACCUACAAACCACAGUACAGAAGUACGCGUGGAUGAAUGAGCAGUGG